AUGAAUGGAGAUAUUUUGAGAGAUGAAAAAAAACAUUAUUCUUGCCCAUUAUGUAUGACAAGUACAUAUUACAAAAAUGAUAUAAAAAUGUAUUUUGGUGAUUCAUGUGGACAUCAAUUUUGUUCAGAAUGUUCAACAAAAGCUAAUAAUAAAAAAUCAUCAUCAAGUAUAUUAAGAGGAAGUAGUCAGAUAUGCCCAGUGUGUCACAGUUUUGUAAAGUACAUCCCAGAUUUUGAAUAUGGAGAGACGGAUUUUUUAAAAUCUGAGGGUCAAGCAAGGAAACAGGUUUACGCAAUAUUGAAUGAAACUAGAAAGGAUUUUAAGGAUACUCCUUGUUAUGAUAAUUUUUUAGAAAAGAGGGAAGAUCUCAUAUAUAAAUUAAUUUACGGAAAUGAUGCAGAAAAAAAGUACACACAAGAAUUCCUAAAUCAGUAUUCAAAAGAAAAUCAAGUAGCUAUAUUGGACAGAAAAACUAGAGAAGAAACUCUUUUAAGAAAUGAUAUUCUUGAAAUUGUUCAAAAAGAAGGUAUUUUUUAUGAACAACUUAAUCAACUUUCUCAAAAUACUACUAUUGAUCACCUUCAAAUUGUCCAUCCCCUCCAAAAUGAGUAUCCUGAAUUCUUUCAAAAUUAUAACAAUAAUAAAAAUAGCCAAAACACGAAUAAUAAUCAAACUAUUACUCUUGGUAGUAAUAUUCCUAAUCCUAUUGAUAAGAAUAUUACUUCUAAGGACUACUUACAUCAUAAUUCAAAAAAACAAAGCUCAACCUAUUCGUCUAUGGAGUCCAGACAACGAGCUGGUGGGUUUACUGAGAAUAUUGUUUGGAGUUUAUGUAAAAAUGAACUAUUUUUUGGAUUUUAUGGAUUUCAUCGUAAUUCUGAUCUGUGA